GUUACUAUGGCGGAGUCGGCCGGAGCCUCCUCCUUCUUCCCCCUUGUCGUCCUCCUGCUCGCUGGCAGCGGCGGGUCCGGGCCCCGGGGAAUCCAGGGAUGAAUCACUGUGAAAGGGGCCGUGAACCAGUGAAAGGAGGAUAAGUGUCUGGAAGCAGAGACUCCUGGCUCUCCUGCCUGCUCUGACGACUCUAAACUCUGCUGUGUACGUGCACCAGCUGCCUACAGGCCAACUACACAUGUGAAACGGAUGGUGCCUGCAUGGUCUCCAUCUUCAACCUGGAUGGGAUGGAGCACCACGUGCGCACCUGCAUCCCCAAAGUGGAGCUGGUCCCCGCUGGGAAGCCGUUCUACUGCCUGAGCUCCGAGGACCUGCGUAACACCCACUGCUGCUAUACUGACUUCUGCAACAAGAUCGACCUGAGGGUUCCCAGUGGUCACCUCAAGGAGCCCGAGCACCCUUCCAUGUGGGGCCCUGUGGAGCUGGUCGGCAUCAUUGCCGGCCCCGUGUUCCUCCUGUUUCUCAUUAUCAUCGUCGUUUUCCUUGUCAUUAACUAUCAUCAGCGUGUCUAUCACAACCGCCAGAGGCUGGACAUGGAAGAUCCCUCGUGUGAGAUGUGCCUCUCCAAAGACAAGACACUCCAGGACCUUGUCUACGAUCUCUCCACAUCAGGGUCUGGCUCAGGAUUACCACUAUUUGUCCAGCGCACGGUGGCCCGAACCAUCGUUUUGCAGGAGAUUAUUGGCAAGGGCCGGUUUGGAGAAGUGUGGCGUGGCCGCUGGAGGGGUGGUGAUGUGGCUGUGAAGAUUUUCUCUUCUCGGGAGGAACGGUCUUGGUUUCGGGAAGCAGAGAUAUACCAGACAGUCAUGCUGCGCCAUGAAAACAUCCUUGGAUUUAUUGCCGCUGACAAUAAAGAUAAUGGCACCUGGACACAGCUGUGGCUCGUCUCGGACUAUCAUGAGCAUGGCUCCCUGUUCGAUUAUCUUAACCGGUACACAGUGACGAUCGAGGGGAUGAUUAAGUUGGCCUUGUCUGCUGCCAGUGGGCUGGCACACCUGCACAUGGAGAUCGUGGGCACCCAAGGGAAGCCUGGAAUUGCUCAUCGAGACUUAAAGUCAAAGAACAUCCUAGUGAAAAAGAAUGGCAUGUGCGCAAUCGCAGACCUGGGCUUGGCCGUCCGUCACGAUGCAGUCACCGACACCAUUGACAUUGCCCCAAAUCAGAGGGUGGGAACCAAACGGUACAUGGCCCCUGAAGUACUUGAUGAAACCAUUAACAUGAAGCACUUUGACUCCUUUAAAUGUGCUGAUAUCUAUGCCCUCGGGCUUGUAUAUUGGGAGAUUGCUCGAAGAUGCAAUUCUGGAGGAGUCCAUGAAGAAUAUCAGCUGCCAUAUUACGACUUAGUGCCCUCUGACCCUUCCAUUGAGGAAAUGCGAAAGGUCGUAUGUGACCAGAAGCUGCGUCCUAACAUCCCCAACUGGUGGCAGAGUUAUGAGGCGUUGCGCGUGAUGGGGAAGAUGAUGCGAGAGUGUUGGUAUGCCAACGGCGCGGCCCGCCUGACGGCUCUUCGCAUUAAGAAGACCCUCUCGCAGCUCAGUGUGCAGGAAGACGUGAAGAUCUAACCCUGCUUCCCUCCCCCUACAUGCAGCCCUGGGCAGCGAGGACUACACAGAGCUGCCCUGCGGAGCGUACGAUGGAGGCCUACCUCUCGUUUCUGCCCAGCCCUCUGCGGCCAGGAGCCUGGUCCGAAAGAGGGACAGAGCCCGGGAGACCCGCUCACUCCCAUGUUGGGUUUGAGACACAGACACCUUUUAUACUUACCUCCUAGUGGCGUGGAGACUCAGAGAGCGAGUGCGUGGAAAGCUCGGUGCCACAACUGAGACUGGUUCUAGCGGGAAGUCCCGCCAAACCAGGGCGCCUGGUGCACAGCCAGGGUGGCCGGCCUGGGGCCCGUGGAAGCAGAGCUGCCCGUGUGAGCAGGUUUCCGCCGGGACCCACCCAGCACACCAGGUGGCCCCUCUCGCAGGUGGUUCUGGGCCCGUGCUCCACCCCUGCAGGGACCUCUGGAGACUUCCAGUGGGGACAGAAGCUGCGGCCGUCUGUCUGGCCUGUGUGCAUGUGCCAAGGCACAUCUCCUGUUGUGCCUGGUCCACGCCACGCCCUUAUAUGUAUGUGUGUGUGUGUGUGUGUGUGUGUCUGUGUGUCUGUGUCUGUGUCUGUCUGUCUGUUGGUGUGCACUUCCCUGCUUGAGCUUUCUGUGCAGGUGCAGGUUGGGGGUGUCUGUCAUGCCGUCUGCGUGCUGGUGCCUCUGUUCCAUAGUGAGCAGCGUCUCAUUUCCUGGUGCCCUGCCUGCAGGUCUCCCUCCCCGCCCACCCCCAACUCUGAGCCACAGGUCCCCCUUGCCCUGCGGCUGCUCUUCCCAUUCAGUACUGCUCCCCUCCAUUCAGACUGGGGCCCAAGCUGGCCCAGUUGUCCAUGGCACAUGAGGCUUUGAGGUCCAAAUGUGAGGGAGGGAUGGGGUGCACAGGGAAAGCAUCUUGGCUUAAGUCGUGGGUGUUGUGGUCAGCUGCCACCGUGGGAAAUGAGCCAGCCCAGGGCAUCGUCCUCAGCAGCGUCAAGGAAGGACCAAGGAGUUUGCAGCCCAGAUCUUGGGACUCGGAUUGGAAUGUUACAUCUGUCCUUCAUGUCCCAGAUCUUGGAAACAGCAGUGUAUAUUUUUGGU